GUAGUGUAGCGCACUUGAAUUGACUGUCAAAAUGGCGACUUGCUUUCAAAAGGCUAUAGAACAUGCUUUUAAACUGUUCACUCGGAAAAUUGCGCUUCCCGUACCAAUACCUACCGAAGACUUGUUAGAAUUGGGGUCACUUUUUAAUCAAAUAACAAAAGAAGAGUUAAAUUUGAGCCCAGAUAUUCUACACGAACGCGUACCAGGGCCCAAAGAUCCGCCGGUGACUUACAUGAAGAUAAUCGAUAAUAAUGUGAUGACAGUUUCUGUGUUCAUCUUACGCAAAGGUAGUCGUCUACCGCUGCAUGAUCACCCUGGCAUGUAUGGAUUUCUGAAAGUCAUCCAUGGCAGUGUCACAAUCGACACAUACAGUCCCCUUGACCAGUCACACUUUAACAUGCCGGUUGCUUCACUGCAGAACCUUCAUCAGCGGUUUGGUCGAAAGAUUCCAGCUUUCCCUACGAGAUUUGAAAACACGCGAACAUUUUCAGCAAAAGAUGACUGUGCGAUUCUGACACCAGAAGGCAGAAAUAUACACGAGAUAUAUGCCGAAUCUGGUACAGCUGCGUUCUUGGACAUUUUGGCCCCUCCAUAUUGCACAGAACGGUUUUCACAAGAUGGUUUUCGCCCCUGUACGUACUAUAAAGAAGUUGAAGCCUCGGUGAGUAAUCCAAGUGUACGCUAUAUAAUGCCUAUACCGCCACCCCCAGAAUACUGGUGUGAUGAAAUACCUUAUAUGGGUCCUGCUGUGUAAUCUCGGUUAUAAACUGUGUUGCACAGAGACAGCAGUAGAACACAUAUGCUCCUGUUUGGGGCAAAUAAGCUGCCCAAAGGACCUGUCUGAAAACUAAACGAAACGAAUGAAAAUGAAAUGUGGUCAGUAUAAGGCUGCUCUCUAUUGCAAAAAGUGACAUUUACAUAACAAAAAAUGUUAAACAAGUUUUUAAAUUUUACAGAAAGUCACAUAAUCAACUACCAGUUCGUCAUUUUUAUAUACCUUACUUUUAAUGAGACUUUUAAUAAUCUCUUUUUUUAAAUUUUCUUUACAAUCCCAUGAUCACUGAAUGAUCAAUCUAAAAUGAUAUCAAAUCAACAUAUGCUAUGUUAGUAUUAUGCCAAAUAUCGCAUUAUAAGAUCAUCAUUAACACUUCCCAUUCUGAGGGGGGAAUGUCCGAAAACAGGGCAAAACAGGAUGUUCAUGACAACUAUUGCAUGUCAAGUAUCAGUGCUUUAACAGAAAGUUUUGCUGUAAAAUCAGCAAAAUUAAUUUAAACCCCAAAUUAGCAAAUGUUAUUUAAGUCACUAAAAACAAAAUUUAGGCAAUGUUCUGGAAUAAAAAAAGUACAUGUAGCUAAAACUUUAGGAGCAAAAGUCUGCACAGAAAAUUCUGACCUGUUUCUUGUUGUUUUCUAAUGAUUCAUCUACAUACUUCAGUUAGUAAAAUAAUUAGUGUGUCAUUCGGGUAUUAUAAUUCAUAAUGUAUUGUGUUUAGAUUGAAAUGCUAUAAUUGUGACAUUUGAAUCCUGAGGAGGAUUGACAUUUACUUUUUUAUGUUAUAAGUUAUUAAUGAAAUGCCUUGUUGUUAUUUAUUAUUGUCUUAUUAAUUAAUGAAAUGCCUUGUUGUUUGUUAUGUAGUUAAAUUUUAACUUUUUUGCAAAUAUCUGUUCACUGCAUAAGCUUCAAAUCAACAAUACAGAUCUAAGUCCCCCUUUUUUAAAGUUUAAAAUAAUUUUUUGUCACUAAUUCAAUUAUCUCAAAUCAGUCGUUGAAAUCUGCUGUUGCAAAAGCAAGCCAGAAUUAUUUCUUUUUUAGACUUAGAAAAUGUUACUAGCCCGCCUAUAUGAAAUUGAGAAUCAGAGCUAAUCAGGUCAAAAUUCACCAAGGGUUGAGCUUCUUUCAAUCAUUUAUCAAUGAUUUUUACUUCUUUUGUAAUAUUUUACUAUAAUUGUUAUCACCAUGAAAAAUAAAAAAUUGUCUUGUAUAUUAAAGUAAUAUUAUAUAAAUGCAACUUUUUAAAGUUUUAAAGUGUGUUUUUUCUAGUCUUCAUUGAAGUUAUGUACAUGUAUGCAAUACAUUGUUCAUUCACUUACAUUUGCUGUCAAAUUUGGCCCUUAAGAAGUGCCCUAAUGGUAGGUAACUUGAUCAUAAGUACUUCUUUUUGAAAGACUUUUAAAGUGUUCUAAGUUUCUGUUUGUUAUUGUGAUAAAUAAAACACUGAGUAAGCUAUGUGUACUUGAUAAUUAUGUAGCAUUUUUCCUUACUGUUAUCUUGUUAUGUGAGUAAAUAAUCUUCACUUCUUCUGAAGGCUCUAGUUGUCUGUAAACUAUAUGUUGAAUUAUGUAAUGUGCAUUUUAACCUGAAUAAAUUUUGUUUUACUCUUAAAA